GACAGAUUGUGGCCGUUAAAUUUUUCAAUUCCGUACGUUGUGCGAAUGUUGUGUUGUAUUUAUUUGUUUAUCGAAUUUGGUGGAUAUGUGUAUAUUUAUUAAUUAAAUUCAAUAAGAAGUGUAAUAACUAGAUUUGCUUUGCAAAAAUAUUCAAAAUGAGUUCGGAAAAUUCUGAUUCGGGACCAAAUUUAACUCUGUCGCUGGUGGCGCAAUUCGAUGAUAUCAAUCGUUUGAAUGGAAUUCUAAACGAUGGGGCAGCUGAGGAAUGUUUCCUUGCAUUUGUCAAGCAAAUGGAUUGGGUGAGAUCACAAUGGGCUCAGGCCGAAGCCGAGGCUGUCAGACUACAGACAGAACUGGAUGAGGUUUAUAAAACUCACGCAAAGUGCGAAGCAAAGUUUGCACACGUGAGAAAACUGCUGGAUGGUGAAAAGAGAGAGAGGAACAUUAUAAUGAAGAAAUACAAUGAUCAGAAUAAACUUUUGGAAAUGGCCCGUGAUCUGCUCUUUAAUGAUAAUCGCAACAAGCUUAAUGAUGAAACUUUGCAAAAACUAGCAUUCCUCAAUGGCACGGCUCAGCAAGACCACAAUGCCAAACUUAGCGGAGUUCCUGAACUUAACUCUACUGGCACGCUACUAUCUGAAAUGUCAUAUUCCCGGUCAGAAGACGACCUGGACAUAUCGCUGGCGUCGACGCGGCGGUCAUGGGUGCAGCGCGGCGGUUGGACGGCGAGGGACAACGCGCCCGUGUCCAAGAAACGACGCUCGUCUACGUCUUCAGCCACGAAAACUGUGGAACUGCAAGGUGGCAAAGUGCUGGCCACUGCCACCACCACACUGACGUUGGAGCGAGCACCCACCCACCACGACUUGAAGCCACCACAGAAUUUUCAACCGAUAUCGGAGAGCAGCGACGAGGCGCCGGCGCCGCGUAGAUCCACAACCCGCAUAUCCGUGCACGCGCAGCCCUGCACUCCCACGGCGCCGCCUAAAACGGAUUCCGAGAGUGCAUCGGACACUCCCCGCGCACCUCCUCAGCGCACUCCUUCAGUAGUAUCAUGUGCUUAUGGAGGAUCUCCCAGAGCUCGUCCCAGACAACACAACUUCGUCGCAAAGAACUUCUACAAGCGAGAGACGUGCGGCCCCUGCGGCAAGACGAUAAAGUUCGCGAAAGUAGGCGUGAAAUGCGAGAGUUGCCGCGCCCAGGCGCAUCCCGAGUGCCGCGCGCUGCUGCCGCUGCCCUGCGUGCCGCCCGGGGCCAACGCGCGCCGGCUCAAUACGCAACAAGAGGGUUGCAUAUCUGAUUAUGCCCCAAGCACUCCACCUAUGGUACCUGCCUUAUUAGUUCACUGCAUCAACGAGGUGGAGAAGCGAGGGCUCAACGAGCGAGGCAUAUAUCGCAUCAGCGCCGUCGACAAAGACGUUAAGAGACUCAAGGAACGUUUCCUCCGUGGCUGCGGUUCCCCCCAAUUAGGCCAGGAAGACAUCCACGUACUGUGCGGUUGUAUAAAGGAUUUCCUCCGCUCGUUGCGCGAGCCUCUGGUCUCCAGUGCUCUAUGGUCUGACUUUAUGGACGCGGCGAAGUUGGCAGAGCCGAGUGACGCCACUGCGGCCAUAGUGCAGGCUGUCAGUCAACUGCCACAGCCGAAUCGGGAUACGUUGGCGUUUUUGGUGUUGCAUUUACAAAAGGUAUCUGAAAGUUCUGAAUGCGAGAUGGGCAUAGAGAAUCUAGCUAAGAUAUUCGGUCCCACCAUAGUCGGCUAUGGACUGAUGACACAGGCAGCCGAAAUGUAUACAGCUACCGCGCAAAUGUUUAACGUGAUGCAAGUAUUGCUGAGGCUCCCGGCGGAGUACUGGGCUCAAUGGGCGUGCCCCGCGGAAGGGUCACCAAUCGCUGGACACAACAACAACAACAAGCCCAGGGGAUUCUUCUUCUCACCCGCGGAUACUGGGGUCGCGCGAAAGAAGAGAAGUUAUUUCCAGUGACGUUGAAUAAAUCACUACCUCGUAAGUUUGUUUUGUUUGUUAAAUAUUAUAGGUACUUUGAAGUUCAAGAUGAACGUUUAUGUUAACCAUUUUUCGUGUAAACUAAUCUAUACUUAGUAGUGAAUGUGUAUGUAUAUUAGUUAAGUGAAUACAAGGUAACAUUAAAUUAUGUCAGGACUGCUUGAUUGGAUUAUUAAUGGUAUUAUUGGGUUAAAUGUGAUGAAAUAUAAAUGUAGUGGUUAUAAAGUUCUCUUUCAAACAAAAAUUUAGUAGUAGCGGUCUUCAGUGAGAGUGCUUUGUGAUCCUAGGAUACAGAAUUCAACCUAAAAUACCACAUAUACCCCCCUCAUUAAUAAACAAGGAAUAAGCUUAGACCAGUUACACCGUGUUUUGUUCAUGUCACUCGAAUACCAUUUGCCUUUCAAUAGACAGAGACAAAAUAUUGAGUAACUAAUCCAAGCGUAGUUUUCGUUUAUUAAUAAGGGUAUAAGGUAUUAAUCUUCAUAUCUCUACGCAUUACUUAGACAUAAACAGCGCCCUCUGUUAUCAUUUAAAAAGACAACUUAGGUACUACGAUAUAUAGAUGGUGUUUUUCAAUAUCAACUUUAUUUAGUAGCUUGAUCUAUACAUAUAAGGGUAUAUUAGGCCCUAGGAAUAUAUUUGUAUAACUCGUGUCAUUAAAGAAAAUAAUCGAAAAUGCCGACGCAAGACAUUCCGUCUCUCUCGCACGUACUUAGGAUAGCAUGUGCGAGAGGGACAGAAUGUCUUACGUUGUCAUUUCCGUUUCCGUUCUUUAAUUUCAUGAUCUAUAUAUCGUUAUAUUAUGUAAGUUAUCUAAUAUAACAGGCAUCCUUAGUAAACACAAAUUCUUAUUUUUUUGUUUUAUUCGAACCUUGCUCUGGAUAAAUUCGUUUCCAGGACGUUCGUAACAAUAUAUUAUUAAUAAAAAUGGACCAAAAUUCACUUCAAAUAGCUUAGAUUUUUUCAUGUGUUCGUUAUUGUCAGUACAAGACAGCUCAUUAUUUAUAAAGUGAGAUUAAAUAAGAUGGAAGACUAUGAGAUCCGUGAUCUUCAAUAUAUUGACAAAACAAUGACAGCGGGUAUAAAUUGUUUAAGAGAGGUAGGGCACAGCGGAUUUCCGCUCGAAUUGGAGCGCCCGUCUGAUGAAGCAGCCUCGACCUUACAAAAGUCAACAAUAAAAUAAUACUACAUUUUGUUGGUGUUGUGUUUCUGCUGGUGAGUAAGGUUCCAGGGCUCCGCAGGGUAGGGGAUUGGGAUCAGACCGGCAAGGUGAGGAUCAUUGCUUGACUGGUCAUUUACCGCAAUCAUAGAAUUCACACGGGAGAGAAACCAUAGAAAUGUAACGUCUGUGACAAAUGAUAGUUUAUCAACACAUCAAAGAAUUCACAUGGGAGAGAAACCUUAGAAAUGUAACGUCUGUGACCAGUGACAGUUUAUCAGCACAUCAAAGAAUUCACACGGGAGAGAAACCUUAUGAAUGUAACGUCU